CUAUCACUGGAGUGGUAUCCCUGGUUGUCGGGUACAAUGUUUUUGAUCUAUUUAGCCGCUUUUAUAGCGGCGUGUGGUGCUGCAAAACUAGACCGCACAUACCUACCACCGCCAUCAGCUGCAUUCGCUGGUGGUAGUCCUGGCUCCUUACAAGUUCCUUUUACCAGAGCCAUCGAUCAAGCUUCACAGAUUAUUCCAGCUGGAAGCUUCGUUAAUGAGCACCAAGGUGUUGUUGUUGAAGUUGCAACAGCUGCAACUAGAGCAUCGAGCAAGCAAAGUGGAUUGGGUGAAUCAAGAGAUACCUAUGGGUCUACAGAUUCGAAGGUUGGGGAUGCUGCAUUCAGAACAACUUCAAAUCAGCAGCAGAAUCAUAAUUCCAAUUUUGGAUCAGUUCAUGGCGAAGAGCCAGAUUUGUCAGCCUUUUAUCAACCUUCGUCUUCCUAUAAACCAGGGAACGUACAAAUUAUUAGAGAUUAUGUUUCCGAUACUAUUAAAUACCAUAACGAUAUAGAUUUAAACAAUUUUAAUUAUGGUUUUGAAACAAAUAAUGGCAUCAAGGCAUCAGGAAGUGGUGUAGCCACCAAUGGAGUUAAGGUGCAAGGAGGUUAUUCUUACACUGGUGACGACGGACGUGUUUAUAGUGUAUCAUAUACAGCAGAUGAACAUGGUUUUCGACCACAAGGAAGCCAUUUGCCGACUCCACCACCAAUUCCAUUGGCAAUCUUGAAAUCCUUGGAACAAAAUGCUAAGGACGAGGCUGCUGGAAUCAUUGAUGAUGGCUCUUAUGACGCUAAGAAGUACAAUGAUGGCGGCUAUUACACAAAAAGCGACGCUAAUGGCGAAUAUAAUGAUAGACAAUCGAAUAAAUUCGGCGAACGACCUGGAUCCUCUGAUGGCAGCGGGACCUUCAUUAAUCAAAACCACCAAGCAUUUGUGACAUCAAAUUUUAAUGGACAAUUUGGUUUCAUUCAUGAUUCUUCCAAGGGUAAAUUUAAUUCAGAGCCUUUUAAAUACAGUGGCGCUAAUCAUUUUAAUAUCAUGAAUAAUAGAAAUACCUUGCCGAAUAUCGAGCAUAAUAAUAAAUUGAUUUACGAUAGAUUCGGUUCGAGAAAUGAAUAUUUGCCCCCUAAUAGAGUUCAGUUUGAUAGUACAUUCCUUGUCGGAGGUAAUAAAGAUAGUUUCGGCAUUCCACAACCGAAUUUACAGCAAAACUUACCAGCACAAGGUCAAUUUAGCAAGCCUCAAUUUAAUAUUAUGAGACCAAGUUCUUUUGAUAUAUCACCUGGAAUAACUUCACAACCUGCUUUUAACUCACAUAUAAGUUCAUUUCCUUCAAACGAUGUUAACAAUCAAGGAUCCAUGAGUAGUUUUAUUAAUGAUAAAAAUGUUAGUCCAUCUAUGUCUAGUCAGCCUCAUAAUAAACCAUUACCAGAAAAUUCUGGUGCAAGUAACUUUAUGAAUCAAAAUCCAAAAAUUAUGCAACAAUCAAUGAUAGCAUCCAAUAAUAAUAAGCCGAUAUUGACUCAAGAAUCUUUUAGCCAAUCAUUUGCUUCAGCGUCUUCUUCUUCUACAUCUCAAGCUCAAUCACAGCAAUUCCUUUCUACGUCUGGAUCUUUUAAUCCAAACGUAAAUACCAUUGUGCAAUCUCAAUAUACAAACUUACCUAGCUCUAGUUUUGAUACAUCUUUUUCGUCAGUUGGGCCAACAGUACAGUCUCAAAUUAUAUUAACUUCUCCUUUCGAAACCCCGAAAAUAAGAGACCCUUCCACUUUACUUGAUAACGGAAAAACUGAAUUAUUAAAUCAUCCAACUAUCUCUUCUGGAUCUUUCAAUCCUAGUGUAAAUACCUUUGGACAACCUCAGUAUACUCACGUACCUAUCGCUAGUUAUAAUUCAUCUUUGUCGUCAGUUAUACCAACAGUACAACCUCAGAUUACACUGACUACCCCUUUCGAAACCCCGAAAACAGAAGACCCUUUCACUUUACUUGAUAACGGAAAAACUGAAUUAUUAAAUCCUCCAACUAUAUCUUCUGGAUCUUUCAAUCCUAGUGUAAAUACCUUUGGACAACCUCAGUAUACUCACGUACCUAUCGCUAUUUAUAAUUCAUCUUUGUCGUCAGUUAUACCAACAGUACAACCUCAGAUUACACUGACUACCCCUUUCGAAACCCCGAAAACAGGAGAGCCUACCACUUUAUUUGAUUUUAGAAAUACAGAGUUUUUGAAUACUACAACUGUUCCGAACUUAACAGUGACUAAUCCAAAUAUUCGUUUACCAACAACUCAAUUAAGUACUGCUCCUUCUGGAUCUUUCAAUCUUAAUGGUAACAUCAUAGAACAAGCCCAGUAUACUCAUAUACCUAUCUCUAAUGUUGAUACAUCGUUUCCUUCCGUUGUACCAACAUCUCAACCUCAGAUAACAUUAACUACUCCUUUCGAAGCUUCUAAAACUGGAGAACUUUCCACUUUACUUGAUUUCGGAAAGACUGAGUUACUGAAUACUACAACGGUGCCAGACUUUACUAUGACAGAUAGUCAGUCCUCGAAAUUUUCAGGACCAACUGGUUCAAACAAACAACAAUUUCCAACUCAACCUCCGUCAACAAUCAGUGGAAAUAUUUUUUUGGGCUUUAGUACCUCUUCCUUUGACACUAGUCCCCAAAGUACUUCUCUAAGUUUUGAUAACACACAAACGACUCAAUUCUCACAAAAUAGUACACCUCAAGUAACACAAGCUAUAUUUGUAUCAAAUCGCCAAGGUGAAACUGAAGUUUCAACGAUUACUCAGGCGCCCACUUAUAAUAGUCAGUCAAAUAAUUUCAAUAGCCAAACACAGGCCGCUGAUCAUUCCUACAUUUACAACCAACCCUCUAUAGCGUUUAAUACACCUAUAAUACAAUCAAAUAAUGUUCCUAGUGGAUUGCCAUCUCUUCAAUUUGAUAAAGCUACGCAGUCUUUAACACCUCAAGAUUCAACUUCAACUACUCAAUAUCUAACUCAAUCUACUUUCAAUAACUCUCCUAUCCCUUCCACUAUAAUACCAAAUAUUUCAUCGUAUACAACUCUACGAGAAAAUGAACCUGAAAAAAGUACUUUACAAGCUUUCAAUGGUAUAACACAGGCUUCUAUAUCAAAUUUUCCUUCGGUUAUCUCUACUGAUUCAUCAGGAUUUAAAGAACCUUUUCAACAAUCUGAACUUAGUACACCAAGCCAGUCUUCAUUUCCUCAACCGAGUACUACAUCUGCAACUGAAACUGCAGAAGUUGUAUCUACAUUAUCAGACACUCAAAAUGAAUAUACUGAUAGUCAACUAUCAGUAAAAGAUAAAAUGAAUAAUGAUUUAAAUAAAAUCAGUAAUCAACAAUAUACCAAUGAAAUAUAUCAAUAUAAUAAGCCAGCUCAAGAAUUACCAUCACAAACUGAAAAAGAAGGCGGUGAAUUGAGUAUUAAGACAGAAAGACCUCAAUUCACAGUAUCUAGUUCACAAUUUAGUCAAGAAGGCUCAAGCCUAUCUAUGGAUCAGAAUACUAUUCAGGGAGAAUCUGAAACACCACAAACAAUAUUCAAUAGAUUUAAUCAACACGAUAUCCCGAACCCAACUGAACAGUCCGUACAAUUUGGCACACAACCAGCUACUAUAUCUUCUACCGUGGCUCAACAAGGUUUAAAUAGUAAUGAGUAUACUAUUUCUCAAUUUCAACAACACACAAGUCCUGGAAUAGCAAUAUCAAAUUACAAACCUUCAACGUUAUCCCCGAGUACAUUACCAACCAAUACAUUGAAUACAGAGAAACUGGAGGGUCAAACUUCUACAACUUUAUUGGAUAAUCCAACUAUUGGACUUCAGUCUACUACACAAUUUGAUGGUUUUAGUAUCAAGGAAACAACACCUUCUCACUUUCAGCAGACCAAUCAACAAACAGAAACACAAUUAAAUUACCAACCAUCGACAUCGAUCCCAGGUGCAUCUCAAACUACCCCUGAAAUGAAUGAGCAAACUCAGUUUACGUCAAUCAGUCAAAUGCUUGGUACACAGUCUAGUACACAAUUUAAUCAAGAAAGUUAUACCAACAAAGCAACUACAUUGCCACAAUUUCAACAAACUGUCACUCAAUAUACUUACAAGCCAUCGACAUUAAUUUCAAAUGUAGAUCAAUCUACAUUUGAUGGAUUUAAUACACAAAAUCCAGAUAAGCAAUACAGUUUAUCUACCUCAUUCGUUCAACCGACUGUUACUGAUGAGGUAACACAAUCUGGUACACAAGAAUAUCAAGGAAGUAUGGACAGAAAACAGACCACUAUUUCUCAUUUCCAAGCACCUAGCCAUCAAAUGUCAACGACAUUUAGUCAACCAUCGACAUUAAUUCCCAGUACGACACAAACUGAAACUCCACCUGGAGCAACCCAGUUUGGGGAAAUAUAUGACUACAAGAAGCCCACAGAAAGCUUUAUCACGCCUCAGAAUGUUAACAAUGGACCAUUGAGCCCUGCCAGCCAACAAUUUGGAAUCCAAACCAACAUGGGUCCUCAAACCAUGCCUAUUAUCGAAAAGGAAAUUACUAUGCAAUUUGGACAACAAACUCAACAGCCUCAAUUCAAUACGCAACCCAGCACACAAUACAACCAGGAUGUAACCGAAAAAGUUACAACGCAAUUUAAUUUGGCUCAAAAUGAGGCAGUGACUGGACUAGAUUAUAACACAGGUUCAACGAUAAUUUCAAGCUCACCACAAUUCCAAAUGACCUCUAACACACAAGUACCAGAUCAAACGUCUACAUCAGAAGAAGUUUAUGAAUACACAAAACCUGCGCAAGGUUUACCUCAACAAACCGAGAGUGAACACAAGCAAUUUGAUCAUAAAAUCCAAAUGCAACCAAUUGGAGAACUGACAACAAUUCCAGUUGAAAGCACUUUCGAAAUAAAGCAAACAACUACUUCUCAAUCGACUGAAGGACCAAUAUCGACUUCUGCUACAUUCCAAACUGAAUCGAGUCUAAACUCUCAAACGACAAAUACUUUAACAUCUCAACCUGAACUUACACAGGAAACUUUGUCAGGAACUAUACCAUCUGUUUCUCCACCGCAAUUUUCUUUUUAUAGCGCAUGCUGUAAAGGAAUUAAAACAGAAAGUACUACAUCGGCUAAUGAAAUCCAAGCAAGCGGUUUAAAUCCAAAUACUCAAAAUAUGAAUAUGGAUCAAGUCACUGAAAAAAAUAAGAUAGAAGAAAAACAAAAUUUUAAUUUAUCAGCAUUGCUAGAGCCACAAAAAGGUUCUCAAACUUACGCAGGAAUAGGAGAAGAAUUCGGAGGACCAAGAAAACCUCCCAGUUUCGAUAAAACUGGAUAUCAUUAUUAAGUAGAAUUUUAAGACUUUAGUGAAUAUUAUUGUUUAGAGACUUUUAGUGUUUAUUAAUGAAAAGUAAAUCGAUAAUGCGAUAAAAUGCAUUACUCCUGUAAAAUAUAUUGUAAUAAAUUAUUAUGUAAAUACAGUGAUAAAGUAUUG